UCGACGUCACGCGAGCGUGAAGCAGGGUAGGGAACGCGGAUGUGUUGCGCUUAAUCCUCCAUCUACAGCCGUGUUCUGAUCCAUAUGUCGAAACCAAAGCUCCAUUCACGCUGAUCUGAUCCAGGCGAAGUGCAGCGGACGAGGGUUGGAGGGAACCGAGUGAAGGAAUGCCUGCCGGUGUGUGUGGAUGUUGCGGUCCUCUGCGGCCACGCUACAAGCGUCUAGUGGACAACAUUUUCCCAGAGGACCCCAAGGAUGGAUUGGUGAAGUCCGAUAUGGAGAAGUUGACUUUUUAUGCCGUGUCGGCUCCGGAAAAACUGGACCGCAUCGGCGCGUACCUUGCCGAGCGCCUCACUAGAGAUGUGGUACGACAUCGCUAUGGGUAUGUGGUAAUAGCGAUGGAGGCCUUGGAUCAGCUGUUGAUGGCUUGUCAUUCUCAGAGCAUCAAGCCUUUCGUGGAAAGCUUCUUACACAUGGUGGCCAAAUUGCUGGAGUCCAGAGAGCCAGAUUUACAAGUGCUGGGCACCAAUUCAUUUGUGAAGUUUGCAAACAUUGAGGAGGACACGCCGUCUUACCACCGCAGAUACGACUUCUUCGUCUCUCAGUUCAGUGCCAUGUGCCACUCCACGCAUGAGGACUUUGAAACACGCAACAGGAUCCGUGUGGCGGGUAUUAAGGGUCUCCAGGGUGUCGUCAGAAAGACUGUUAAUGAUGAACUACAGGCGAUCAUCUGGGAACCUCAGCACAUGGAUAAGCUCAUCCCCUCCAUGCUGUUCAACAUGCAAGAUAAUGAGGACUCGGAGAGGGCUGGAGAGGAGAAUCCAGCUUCACUGGCCGAGAGCUGCUUUCGAGAGCUGCUGGGUCGCGCUGCUUAUGGCAACAUGAACAAUGCUGUGCGUCCUGUACUGGUACAUUUAGACAACCAUCACCUGUGGGACCCGAACGAUUUUGCCGUUUCUUGCUUCAGAAUUAUCAUGUACUCAAUACAGGCCCAGCAUUCUCACCACGUGAUCCAGCAAGUGUUGUCUCACCUUGACACCCACAGUAAGAACACACCACGUGUGAGGGCAGGUAUCGUUCAGGUGCUACUGGAGACGGUUGCCAUAGCAGCCAAGGGCUCCAUCGGUCCCACAGUCCUAGAGGUGUUCAACACCCUACUAAAACAUCUGCGUAUGAGUGUGGAUUUCGAACUAGGUGAGGGUUCCCGCAGGAACUCGGCGAGCAGUCUGUCCUCCACCCGUACUAAAGAGAGCGAGGAGCGGAUCGUUCAGAACGCCAUAAUACAAACCAUCGGUUUCUUUGGAGGGAAUCUUCCUGAUUAUCAGAGAGCGGAAGUCAUGAUGUUCAUAAUGGGAAAGGUUCCUGUUUACGGCACGCCCUGCCACACGCUGGACACAGUCAAGAUUGGGCACCAGGGCACCAAGAGAAUCCAGAUGAUGCUCCUCAGUUCUCUCAUUAUGGUCACAUCGGGGUUUAAGUGUAAGACGAUGUGUGCUGGUUUACCCGCUUCGUUUCUGGAACCGUUGUGCUCCAUUUCUCUGAUGGAAGACAGUGAGCUUCGUCAGCUCGUCCUCGAGAUCCUGCACAACAUCAUUGAUCGCCAUGACAACAGAGCCAAACUCCGGGGGAUACGGAUUAUCCCUAAUGUAGCUGCUCUGAAGAUCAAGAGAGAAAAAAUGUCCAAACAGGAUGUGGGUUUCAUGAAAAAGCAUGGGCAGCAGUUAUACAGACACAUCUAUCUGGGAUGUAAGGAGGAAGACAAUGUGCAGAAGAACUUUGAGCUCCUCUUCACCGCUCUGGCUCUGUUCACUAUUGAACUGGCCAAUGAGGAGGUGGUGAUAGACCUCAUGCGCCUGUCUCUCGCCUUGCAGGAAAUGGCUCUGACCAAUGAGGAGAACACGCCCAUGUUUAUUCGCUGUGGCAUCAUGGCGUUGGUUGCCGCCUAUCUCAACUUUCUCAGUCAGAUGAUUGCAAAUCCUUCUUUCUGCCAACACGUCAGCAAGGUGAUUGAGCUGAGGAAUAUAGAAGCUACAUACCUGCUGCCUGAACACGUGUUCAGAGAAAAGUGUGUGCUCCCAGAAUCUCUGGAUCGCGACGAUACCGGUCUGUAUUUUCAGACGGCUGAUCUGGCAGAGGCUUUGACUUUACCUGGAUAUAACGUAGAGAGGCUUUCGAUACCUUACAUUCCACAGGUUACAGAUGAAGACCGGCUGCCUCGAAGAAAGAGUUUGGUGGACACCAUUUCCCUCCAAGUUGACAUUCUUUCACACAGCUUACCUGAUGAUUCUCAUCUAGCAGAGGAAAUUACAUUUGAGACCCUGAAGAAGGCCAUUGACACCACCGGUCUAGAGGAACAGGAGAGAGAGAGGAGACGACAGGUUAUGGAGAAGUUCCAGAAAGCUCCGUUUGAAGAGAUAGCGGCUCACUGCGAGUCCAAGGCCAACAUGCUGCAUGAUCGCUUGGCUCAGAUAUUUGAACUCACUAUUCGCCCGCCUCCAAGCCCGUCGGGCACCGUAACCGUGACAUCGGGCCACGCCCAGUACCAUUCUGUGCCAGUCUACGAAAUGAAGUUUCCUGACCUUUGCGUGUACUGAACCGUGACCUCUCACCUUUACUAUAUCAUACAAACUACACUUUGAUGUGGCAUCUGACCCUUUGACACCUCACAUCACCGUAUACUUGAUUCUGUGACCUUCCACAAAAAUCCCUCACUUUCACUUUCGACCGGUAAUGUCAGUCUUCCGUUAAUUCCACCUACUAAACAUAAACAUCUUGUAAAUUCAUGAUGAGACACCUUCACACGUCCAGGUGAAAAAAGGGAACUGGACUGAACAGGCACUUCACCGCUGCAUUCUUCACCAAUCAGCACGCAGAGCUUACAACCAGCUAUCCAAUCAUGCACCAGCUAUAUAAUGUAAUGUGAAUUUACUGUAUGUGUUUGAUAAUAGAAGGCAGCUCCAAAUGAGUCCUUUGAAAACUAGAUUCUUCAGAACAUUUAAAUAUGUUGAUUGAUGAAUCAUUUGUAAAAUGAGUGCACCUUAAAUUCUACGAUUAGUUUAAAUACACGUUUUCAUUCUCUCGCGUUCUCUUUGCACAUUAAGCCAUCAUCAGCAGAAAGAUUUUAAAACAUUGAAGACUUCUGCUUGCUUACGUCUCUCUUAUAUAGAAAUAUCUGUACAGUAUAGUAUAGGCUAUUUUUGAUGAAUAUAUAUCUAUAUACUUUUAGAUGAAAUAGCAGUUACAUGUGUUCACUUUGCAUGGCUUAAUUUUCCACAGAAAGUUUUGUGAGUUUAAGCCUUUAUUAAUGUACGAUUAGCCUUUAACUUCGAUGUUGUUGAUGUCGAUGGGGAGUUAAUUUAGAUUUUAGGGGAUCACUACUCGGCAUUCUGCCUUCACUGUGUUGAAAAACCAAAACAUCUGCUUUUCAUUACCAAAGAGCUCCGCCCAUACCCUUCUUUAUACCUAGACACUGCUGCCAAUUGAAAAGUAGUUUCUUUGGUGAGAAUACUACAGUAUUUGUCUCUUUGUAUUGGCUGUGAGCGAUACGGUUUACUUGAUCGCUUGCCAGAUUUAGUAGAUCAGUUGCAAGCAGAAUGAGAUUAGAAACGUUUGGAGAUCGUUUGGAGGAAUAAAUAAGUGAUCUGCAUUCAUCAUUCACCUGCUUGAGCAGUCAGGGCAUUGUAAUGCUAUUUUUGUUUGGUACUGUAGAUCAUAUUAAUCUACUAAAGGACAAAAAAACUUUGUGACUGUUAGCUGAAAUACUUUGCUGGAGAUGUUUUAUUUUGAUCUGAGCUUCCUGUGGUAAGAUAAGUGAACAAUUUCAGUUUUUCUGGUAGAAAUGUGUGUACGAUUAUAAGACUUUUUGGGUGAAUCUGAGGUGCUUUUGGGCUUAAGGAGGUUCAGAAUGAUUGGUGUACUAUGACUGGCUCCGCUUUGUUUUUGUGAAUGUACUUGCUAUGAGGACAGUAGUGCGAGUUGAGCAGACAGGUGUUUGAUGCUUAGGGGUUUCAGUGGUUUGACUGAUUAUGGGAUCUGAAUGCACAGAAGGUAAAAAUGUCUAUUACUGUACUUAUAAAAACCUAGAAGUCAAAGAUGCUCAGUGGGUUUUCCUGAUUUUCCUGAUUUUCAUCAAAUUUGAAUAGAUAAAAGCAAGACAGUUUUUUAUGCCUUGAUGAUGCAUUUAGUCUUAUCAAUUAAGGGAUGGAGAACAUCUCAAGGAUCUUGACAUGAUGGUUUACAGAGAGAUAUGUUGGUGGUCAAGAUACAGCCGGUAAUGGACAUUUGGUGUUUGUGUAUUACAUUAAGUAAAUUGCUGCAUUUUGCUAGUGGUUACUUUAUGACAAUAUCGUGCAAGAAAAAAAAGUAAAACAACUAUUUUCAAUGCUGUGAUGAAAUCAGGCAUACAAUGUCUGUAGAAAUAGAAAUCGCAACUUAUGUAGACCCAUGCAAUAUAUUUUGGUGUAACAUAAAAUAGAAAUGUGUUUUAUAAUGCGAGACAUUUUAGACAUCUCAAAUGCUCUUGUAGAUAUUACUGUGUGUGUUGUGCGUUUCAAAAGGGAUGUCAUACUUUUCUGCAUGCUGGUAUUUUGUUCAAAUUUGACAAAUAAAGGGAAAUCAUUCAUACUGUAACUGAUUAUGUCACUUUAGAGUAAUUCACUAUAUUUUUCAUCUGCGGUUUAGUUUUACGGUACAGUGACGUUUGUCUGAAACAAAUAUUGUUGGGUUCAUUUUAUUUAUAACUUGACUGUUUUUUCUUAGUUAAUUCUUAGAGAAACAAGAAAGGAGUUAGCAUUUUAGUUUAGGGGUUAUGUGUCGUAAUGGGAUAGUAUGAGUGCCUGUGAAUGUGGUUCUGAUAUGACAACAUGCAACAUGUUAGAUUUUGAAUGUGUAACAUCAUGUGCAAUAUAAACCACUGAAAUGUUGAGAUUAUAAGAGUUCAUAUGAAAUCUUUUAGGUGUUGUUUAGCCACAUCCAGGUUCUGCCAUGUUAAUGUGCAAUGAGAUUUUAUGUACGAGGUAAUGAAGUCUUAAAUAAAGAGUUUGUAUUAAAAUGUAUAAAAAUGU